AUGUCGCAUACCCUCUCGCAGAAAUAUCUUAGCACACGGGGUGCUUCAUCUGGUCUCUCCUUCGAAGAUGUCGUUCUCAAAGGAUUGGCCUCGGACGGUGGCCUCUUCAUCCCCGAGCACAUCCCUGCCCUCCCUGCCAACUGGGAGUCAGAAUGGCGGAAUCUGAGUUUUGAAGAACUUGCCUUCCAGAUAAUGUCUCUCUACAUCUCGGAGUCGGAAAUCCCUGCGAACGACCUCAAAGACAUCAUCAACCGCUCGUACUCGACCUUCCGCCACCCUGAACGGACUCCCUUGGUCGAAUUGGACAGCAAGAAGAACCUCCACCUGCUUGAACUAUUUCAAGGGCCUACCUCCAGUUUUAAGGAUGUAGCCCUUCAGACACUCGGAAACCUGUUUGAAUACUUCUUGGUGCGGAAGAACCAGGGCAAGGAGGGCAAAGAGAGACACCACUUGACUGUUAUUGGUGCUACCAGUGGAGAUACAGGGUCUGCGGCCAUCUACGGUCUUCGGGGGAAGAAGGAUGUGUCUAUUUUCAUCCUGUUCCCCGAUGGACGGGUUUCGCCUAUCCAGGAGGCUCAGAUGACCACUGUCCUGGAUGCCAAUGUGCACAACCUCACUGUUCAGGGCUCGUUCGAUGACUGCCAGGACAUUGUUAAGGCCUUGUUUGCGGACCCUGAGCUCAACUCCACCCACAACCUGGCUGCCGUCAACUCCAUCAACUGGGCUCGUAUCCUGGCCCAGAUGACCUACUACUUCUACUCCUACUUCUCAUUGACCAAGACCCCCGGUUACAACAAGGACUCGAAGAUGCGCUUUGUUGUUCCAUCUGGCAACUUUGGUGACAUCAUGGCCGGAUGGUUCGCCAAGCGCAUGGGUCUCCCUGCUGAGAGACUGGUGAUUGCCACCAACGAAAACGACAUCCUGGACCGUUUCUUCCGCAGCGGCGGCCACUACACCAAGGACGCAGGAUCCGGCGUCAAGGAAACCCACAGCCCUGCCAUGGACAUCCUCGUCAGCAGCAACUUCGAGCGUCUCCUCUGGUUCCUUGCCUUCGAAACCGACUCCGCAACCUCCGAGGACGAGCGCCGCAAGAACGCCUGCCAGAGCGUCAGCAACUGGCUCAACCAGCUCAAGUCCCAGGGCGGCUUCAGUGUCCCCACCGCUGUCCUCGAAGGCGCCAAGGCCGACUUCGAAAGCGAGCGCGUCAGCAACGAUGAAACCAUCGCCCAGAUCCGCUCUACCUACACCUCCUCCUUCCCCACCAACGCCACCCCCGGCAGUGCCAAGAGCUCCAAGACCGGUGGCUACAUCCUGGACCCUCACUCCGCCGUUGGUGUCGCAGCGUCCCUUCGCUCCGGCGAGCGCAACCCGGCUAUUAGCCACAUCUCGCUUUCCACCGCCCACCCAGCCAAGUUUGUCAGCUCCGUUGACCUUGCACUGCGUGACCAGGAUGGCUACAACUUUGAGGAGGUGCUUCCGGAGGAGCUUGUUGGCAUUGAGCAGCGGGAGAGCAGGUCUACCCCUGUUCCUGCUGGUUCUGGAUGGCAGGGCGUGCGGGAGCUUGUGAAGGCGGAGGUUGACCAGGAGUUGCAGGGAUUGCGGUAG